CAUUCCAGGAAUAUCUGGCAACUCUGUGCGCUAAAACGUGAGGCGUAUCGUGCGUAAAAUUUCCCAUUACUUUUCGCAAAGAAAGCCCUCCCAUAGACAGCAUAGUGAACUGAAACGUCAACACCAUGUCCGCUACCCAUAAACAGCGGUAUAAAAAUGCCGCACUGGACUCGACAGAAAUGCGUCGCCGCCGCGAGGAAGUUGGCAUCCAGUUGCGAAAAACCAAGCGUGAGCAGCAAUUGUUCAAGCGUCGCAAUGUUGUGCUGGAUUCAUCCCCCACCGGAAUGGAGAGCAGCAACAGCAGCGAGUUGCAGAGCACGGACAUGCAAAUUGCGGACAGUACUACUGGCCAGCAAGGAAUGGGGACACAGUCAUUGGGCCAGGCAGAAGCUGGUGCCGGAACAGGACCGCAACAAUCGAUUAUUAACCAGGAAAUGAUAAAAAUGCUAUACAGCUCAAAGGAGGCCGAUCAACUCGAGGCAACGCAAAAGUUUCGCAAGUUGUUGUCCCGCGAUCCAAAUCCGCCCAUCGAGGAGGUCAUACAGAGAGGCAUAGUGCCCCAGUUUGUAACCUUUUUAAGAAAAAACACCAAUGCCACUCUGCAGUUUGAGGCAGCCUGGACACUGACAAACAUUGCCUCGGGUACCUCGCAUCAAACCAAGAUUGUCAUUGAGGCUGGGGCUGUGCCCAUAUUCAUAGACCUGCUGUCCAGCCCCCACGACGAUGUGCAGGAGCAGGCCGUUUGGGCUCUGGGCAACAUAGCUGGCGACUCCCCCUUGUGCCGUGACCAUCUGCUUAGCUCUGGCAUUAUGCUGCCCCUGUUGCAAGUGUUGAGCUCUUCGGAGCGUAUCACUAUGAUCCGGAAUGCCGUUUGGACACUCUCAAAUUUGUGCCGUGGCAAAAGUCCGCCAGCGGACUUCACUAAAAUAGUUCACGGUCUGCCCAUACUGGCUCGCCUGCUCGAUUACACCGAUGUGGAUGUUCUCAGCGACACAUGCUGGGCCAUCAGCUAUUUGUCCGAUGGACCCAAUGAUAAAAUUCAGGCUGUCAUAGAUGCUGGCGUUUCCCGUCGUUUGGUCGAACUGCUACUGCAUCCCCAGCAGAAUGUCAGCACAGCUGCUUUGAGGGCUGUCGGUAAUAUUGUGACCGGUGAUGAUCAACAGACUCAAAUGAUAUUGAGCUACAAUGCGUUGCCCUGCAUUAGCCACUUGCUCCACUCGACGACGGAGACGAUCAAGAAGGAAUCCUGCUGGACCAUAUCAAAUAUUGCCGCUGGCAAUCGGGAUCAGAUUCAGGCCCUUAUCAAUGCCAACAUAUUCCCACAGUUGAUGACCAUUAUGCAGACGGCCGAGUUCAGGACGCGCAAAGAGGCCGCCUGGGCCAUUACCAAUGCCACCAGCAGUGGCACCUCCGAGCAGAUCAACUAUCUGGUGGAGGUCGGCUGUGUGCCGCCAAUGUGUGAUUUCCUCACUGUUAUCGAUUCGGACAUUGUUCAGGUGGCGCUCAAUGCCCUGGAGAAUAUACUUAAAGCGGGCGAAAAGUACCAGGUCCGACCCAAUCCUUAUGCCAUGGCCAUCGAAGAGUGCGGAGGUUUGGACAAAAUCGAGUAUCUGCAGGCGCACGAGAACCGUGACAUCUACCACAAAUCAUUCUACAUCAUUGAGCAGUACUUUGGAAACGAGGAGGAGGACACUCGUGUGGCUCCUGUGGCGGGAAAUCAACAGUUCGAGUUCAAUCCGCAGAAUAUGCCAGAUAAUGGUUUCAAUUUUUAGUACCAGCAAAAGAUGAUUAUUCAAACUGACAAACAAACAAAAACGCGACAGAAAGGUAGAUGAGAGGGGACAGCAACAGCCGGCACAGUGAUGCUGGCAGGCAGGCAGGCAGGCACAUGUCUAAGUGCAGUCACUACUAGCAUUUAAGUCAAAUUGGUGGUCCGUCAGCGGUCGGCUCAUUUCAUGCUUUUGUUAAGAAUACUCUCUCCCAUGAUGAUUUCGAUUUUGAUUUUGAUUAUGGUUACUUUUAAUUUGCAAACGCAAUUGGUCCAGGACCAUCCAGAAAGUGUUACCCCUAGAUAGCUACAUAGUUUAUUA